CCCAUUGACAAAUUCCGGCUUAGGAAGGUCACCCGUUCCCGUUGCACUUGCAGACACAAACUCACCAAGAGGCUUCAUACAAUAGAUUUACCCCAACUGCCUAGAAAAUACCUAGCCAAAACCCAAAAUGACUGCCAAUGGUAGAAGCGGUUACAGCUGCAUGGAUGAUCUUAAAUCACAUCCACUACCUUCAAUUCCUCGGAGUUUAAAUGUUCGAUCAGUCAAACGAGAAAUGAAGACAUUUGCAGAAGCUUCAGCAUUGAGUUUCUAUAAACCUGCUGCUCAUGUUUGUUUCUGGGCUCCAUGUUAUAAAAAUACAAUGUUUGGAACUUACAAUGCAGCUGUUAUGAUGCAUUUGAGAUUUGAUGGAACUUUUGGAUUCCCUGGGGGGCUAAUAAAUCGUGGUGAGGACAUUCUUGAUGGCCUAACAAGAGAAUUGAAGGAAGAGCUUGCUUAUAAUCCUGCAGUGCACAAGCCCAUCACUUACGAUGACUAUCACAGCUCCAGGAUCGUUGAGGAUAAGUUGUUAGUAUUGCAUUUAUUUGUUGUUGAACUGUCCAUGGAUCAGUUUGUGUCUCUUGAAAAGAACGCUACGUCUGCUGAAGAGUAUGGCGUUGAGGUAUUCGGGACAGUGCGCGUGCCGCUGUACACAAUGAACAACAAGUAUGGGGGACUGCCAGCGUUCCUGAACAACCGCUUCAUUGGAUGUGCUAAGCAGGAGCUCAUCAUGGCACUCUUCUCAAUUGGAAUCCUCACUGAUGACCAAAUUGAUGAGCUCAUUGACAACGCCAACAAUAUGAAGCUUGCGCCUAACAGAAUGUAACCGUAAAUGCUCGAACAAAUACUGCAUAACUGAAGCAGUCAGCAUUAGUGCAAAACCAACCUUGCGCUCAACAGAAUUUGAAUUUUACACUUGAAUAAAUAAUACAUUACUUGAGUGAAAGCAGUGGUACAAAAAGACCUUGCAUUCAAAAGAAUGAUACAUACAGUUCAUGCUCAGAUAUUCUGCUCAAACGAGAUUUUCCUCCUACCAAUGGUCUUUAUUUAGGGUUUUAUCUGGUGAAAUUAUCGGUGAUGAGAUAUUGAAGUCAAUGAUUAUUGUCUAUAGUUUUAUCUCUGACUAAGCAACAGUUUUUUACUUAUGGGAAGCUAGGAGUUGCUUAAUAAGGGCAAGGUGGCCCAGUUGUUACGGUUCAGAGUACCAGGAUUGGAGCAGAGAA